AUGGAUAAAGCUCCUAGCAUCACCGACUGGGUCAAACCCGGCGACAAGAGCGGCGAAUUCAAGCGCCAGACAAGCGUCUUCAGGAACUGGAUUGAAAACAAGCCCGGCGCGGAGUUCCCACCGGAAAAGGACAGGUAUCACUUGUACGUCAGCUAUGCGUGUCCGUGGGCGCAUAGGACCUUGAUUGUGCGGCGGCUGAAAGGGUUAGAGGGGAUAGUGGGGGUGACUAGUGUGCACUGGCACAUGGGGGAAAGGGGCUGGCGGUUCACAACCCCCGACGAGAACGUGCCGGGCGAGGACGUCACGCCCGAUCCGCUCCACGAGGGCUACACGCACCUCCGCGACAUCUACUUUGAGCAGAAUCCGCAGUAUGAGGGGCGCUUCACGGUGCCGACGCUGUACGACAAGAAGCAGAAGAAGAUUGUGAAUAAUGAGAGCAGCGAGAUCAUCAGGAUGUUCUAUUACGCGUUUGAUGAUCUGCUGGAUGAGGAGCACAAGGGGCUUGAUUUGUUCCCCGAGGAGUUGAGGAAGGACAUUGAGGAGAUGAAUGAGUGGGUGUAUAAUGACGUUAAUAACGGAGUGUAUAAGUCGGGCUUUGCUACCACCGAAGAAGCGUACACCCGCGCCGUCACCCAACUCUUCGCCUCCCUCGACCGCCUCGAAUCCCACCUCUCCACCUCCUCAACCCCCUAUCUGCUCUCCGCCCCGCACCUCACCGAAGCUGACAUCCGCCUCUACACCACCAUCGUCCGCUUCGACCCCGUCUACGUGCAGCACUUCAAGUGCAAUAUCCGCGACAUUCGCUCGGGAUAUCCGUACCUGCACCGUUGGCUCAGGCAUCUGUACUGGGAUUUUCCGGCAUUCAAGCAGACCACGCAGUUCGAGCAUAUCAAGAAGCAUUAUACGAAGAGCCAUGCGCAGAUUAAUCGGUUUGCGAUUACGCCGGUCGGUCCGGUGCCGGAUGUGCUGGGGAAGGAGGAGGAGGUGCUGGCGGUGCGGUUUGCGGCUGCGGUGGGGAAGAAGUAG